ACUAUUUUUUUUAACCUCGUUUUUUCUUUUCGGUCGGCGGUGCCCCGAGCACAUGGUUUUUAUGUCGCUCGCUCGGAUUAUUAUUGUGAUUAACGUUAUUGUUAAUUCGGCGGAUUCACGCAUAUUUUCUGCGGUUCGCGUAAUACUAUGUUAAGUCAUCUGAUGGACUGGUGGCUGGUCAAUUUCUAGUUGGCGAAUUUACGGGUACUCUCUGGCGGCCCAUUACCGUUACGUUUAAAUUGGUCAUAUGUUGCUAUUCUGGACGUUAAGGAAGUGAACGGCAUGGAAAGGUGAUCACCGAGCAUAUUUGCGGACCAGAUGGAAAAGUUUAUAUGAUUGCGGUCAUCUGGUAGUGAUGGAGUCGAUUCCAACAACAGUUGCAACAGUUUUUGCCGUAAUUCUUUUGUAUGUCACCGCAGUUACUGAAUCAACCUACGAUAACGAUGCAAACAUAGAAACACUACUUAAUCAAGUUUUAUGGGAACCAUCUUCUAGUAGCUCGCCGAAAAGGGAAGAAGAUAGAGUAUUACCUUUUUUCGAAGAGCCAUCUACUCAUCUCAACAUAACUGUACAAAUCGGUGCCAAUAUAGAUUUACACUGUAAAGUUAAACAAUUAAAUGACAAAACGGUUUCGUGGGUAAGAAGAACUGGAGAUAAAAUGCAGUUACUAUCUUUCGGUCAUCAUGUAUACAGUACAGAUCAACGAUAUGAACUUUUGUUCAAGGACCCCAACGAUUGGCAACUACGUAUAUCUUAUCUGAAUGAAAGAGACGCAGGUCAUUACGAAUGUCAAGUUUCUACACACCCACCGAUCGCAUUUUCUGUAUAUUUAUCUAUCAUAGUACCUCAACUUGAAAUCACCGACGAAAGGGGUGUUCCAGUAAAAGAUAAAUUUUACUAUGUAGGUAGUACAAUAGAGCUGAAAUGUUUUAUAACUAAAGUGCCCCAACCCAGUCAAUUCAUCGUUUGGCGUCAUGAGUCAACUAACCUAAAUUACGACACUAGCCGAGGUGGCAUCAGUGUGAAGACUGAUAUACUCACAAAUGGAGCCAAGAGUAGGCUUUUUGUUGCUAACGCUCAAACAUCAGACUCUGGAAAAUAUACAUGUUCUCUGACAGACAUAGCUCGAACAUCAGUCACUGUACACGUCCUGAACGGUGAAACGCCAGCAGCAAUGCAACACGGUGGUAGCAACCAAUGUAGUCAUCUUCACUCGUUGUGGGUGAUAACAACAUUUGCGUGGUUACUGUUUCGAUUAAGUUGACAAAAUUGAUGGGUGAUGUUCCAAUGCAAGUUAAAUGCAUAAUUAAUUUUAUUCUUUUUUUUGUAAAUACGAAUCGAACAAAAUCCCUUAGACCUCUAAUGACAACUUUGUACCUUCAUACUAAAAUACAUCAUCUAAAAUUCAUCAUAAUCCGUCUAAGCACUUAGAGUUACUUAUAAGUGCUUUGUAUUUUUACUUGUAAAAAUAAUAACUGUAAUUGAUACAUCUUAUGUACCAAAUUGUAAUAUUAAAAAAUUAGUGAGAAUUGCAUAACAAAUUCUUUUAAUUCUCAAGUAUUAAUUUUUAUAACUCUGUAUAAAUUUUUGAUUAUAUUAUAAUUUUGUAAUUAAGUUGAAGAACGAUAUAUUAACAUAUUAUUAUUUUAUCAACGGGGAUAGGAAGACAAGUUUCAAGAAUAUUUCUUGAUUCGUCAGUUUGCUAACGAUUUGUUUGAAUAAUGUAUAAAAUUCUGCUUUAAGAGAAAAGAAGGGUAAUAUUUUUAAUAACAAAAAAAAAACGUUGAACGCAAAAAUUAAAAAGAACUAGUCAUCAUAUCCUUGAGUGAUCUUAUUUGUACUACUAUUAGACAUAGACAAUGCCCUAAAAUAUCUAAAAUUUCUUUUUGUCUAUGUAUUUUAAAUACAAACACUUGAUGAAUAAUUGUCAAAUGAAUAUCUUCUCCACGACCUUUGGUUUUUAUACCAUUUAAAAAUCUAAUUUCUUUAAUUAUACCAAUAACUUUCUUACUUAUUCCAUUUGAUAAUUUAUCUACUAAAAUAAUUUUCAAAGACUCACUGUUUAGUUUAUAAUUAACAUUGAUUUCAUAGUUUCAUAACGUUUAUGCUCUAUGAAAACAAUUUAAAAAUAUGUACAUAAA